AUGGAAAUGGUUAAGUCUUAUUUGUUAAUGUUUUUUGCUGUAUUCUUAAUAUUUCUGCCUAAAAUGGAGGCUCAAGUAUUUCAUCGUCCUUUAUGUGCCUCCCAGUUUUCGCUAGUGGUUCAUUCAUGUGCAGGGCUUCCAUAUUUCCCGUUCCCAAAUCCUCCACCUCCCAUGCCGCCAUCUCCCCCUGCUCCUCCUCUUCCACCAGCUCCUGGCCCUAGCGAUGACGAUGAUGAGAGACAUCACCACCGCGGUCGUGGUCGCAAUCAUGGUCAUGGUCACGGUCACGGUCACGGUCACGGAAACAGUCGCAAUCAUGGUCACGGAAAUGGUCACAAUCACGGUCGCGGCAGCGGUCACAAUCGCGGUCAUGGUAGCGGUAACGGUCACAAUCACGGUCAUGGUAACGGUAACGGUCACAAUCACAGUCCGGUACAUGGACAUGGGCAUAGCCAUAGUAUUGCUAUAGAGCAUAGUCAUGGUCAUGGUCAUGGUAACGCUACAGCACGAGGGCAUGUGCAUGGGCAUGUUAGUCCUCCAGUGCACGGUCAUGGGCAUGGUCAUGAACAUGGACACAACCAUAGCCAUGGGCGCGAUAGAGGUCACGAGGAGGAAUAUUUUCCAAUGCAGAGCCACGGACAUAGGCACGGACAUAGGCAUGAGCAUGGUCAUAGGAGUCACGGCUACCACGAAUCACCCGGGCAACAGGAUUGCUGCAAGUGGCUAAACGAGUUAGACGAUGACUGUGUCUGCGGCGUGCUGGCUCAUUUGCCACCCUUCGUCUCCCGGUUUUCUCAUUCCUAUACAGUCUAUCUCGACGCUUCGUGCAACGUGACUUACAAAUGCGAAGGACGAUUAAUUAUUCCAGAACAGAAUAUGACCACUACUACUAUUACCUGA